AUGAGUGCCACUGCAACGACCACCACCGAAACAGUCUGCAUUGCGAGUACUCAUCAUGAAGCAAGCGACUCACCAAGUGGCCUCAGUGCAUGUGGUACUGGAGGUUACGAAGUCCCCGGCAUCCCCAAAUUCGAUGAUCCCUACAAAAAGCGACAAUGGCAGCUAGAGCAUAUGGCUGGCGCGUUCAGGGUCUUCUCACGCAAAGGCUUUACUGAAGGUACAGCCGGUCAUAUCAGUGUUCGUGACCCGGUGGAUCCUUCCACGUUCUGGAUUAAUCCCCUUGGAAAGCAUUUCGGCUUGCUCAAGGCCAGUGACAUGGUGCAUGUCAAUGAAAAAGGCCAGGUUAUUGGUGGCAAUAAAGUCGCGGUCAACGCUGCUGGCUUUAUGAUCCACAGUGCCAUCCAUAAAUCACGUCCUGACAUCAAUGCAGCAUGCCAUGCCCAUUCCGUGAGUGGAAAGGCAUGGUCCACUUUCGGAAAGCCCGUGGAUAUUAUCAAUCAAGAUAGCUGCACCUUCGUCAAUAUUCAAAGGGUGUACAAGUCUUUCGGUGGGGUUGUCCUUGAGGCCGAAGAGGGAGAGCGGCUCGCGGAGACGUUGGGUGAUGAUGGUCGCGUCGCCAUUUUACAAAACCACGGCCUUCUUACUGCAGGUGGUACUGUAGACGAGGCAGCCUACCUAUUUACCUCUUUGGAGAGGACCUGCGAGGUACAAUUGCUGGUGGAGGCAGCUGGACUGCCCAAGAAGUUUAUUGGCGACAAGGAAGCCGAAUAUACUGCGAAAGUAAACGCAGACCCAGAAACCCUCUAUUACGAAUUCCAAGCGGAUUUUGAGUACGAGAUUGAAAUGUCGAACGGCCAAUUAAAGACGGGUGUCUAA